AUGUGUCACUUGGGCCCGCUGAUAGGAUGCGUUCCGCUCUGGUGCUUCCGAGGAUGGGCCAAAUGCUUUGGAUGCUGGAGAGUGGCAAUGAUGGGAAUCUUUUCGAAAAGACCUGCCUUCCUGGCGCCCACGCCUGAACGAACCAAGGAAGAGAAAGCAUUCGUGCGGCGUUUGGAUAUUUUCUUAAUGACCUUUGGAUGCAUUUCUCAAGUCAUCAAGUACUUGGAUCAACAAAACAUCAACAACGCCUACGUCUCCGGCAUGCAAGAAGACCUCUCCCUCCACGGCAACGAACUAAAUUACUUCACCACCGCUUUCAACAUCUCCUACUGCCUCAUGCUCAUCCCCUCCCAAAUCAUCCUCACGCACGUCCGCCCCUCCUUCUGGCUCCCAGGCCUCGAAAUCGGCUGGGGGAUCCUCACAGGCCUCAUGGCAACCGUAACAUCCGCCAAACAAGUCUACAUCAUCCGCGUCUUCCUCGGAGCAUUCGAAAGUAGCGCUUGGCCCGGUAUGAUGACACUUUUCAUGCACUGGUAUACUCCCACCGAACUUGCGAAGCGAAUGGGCUUUUAUCAUUCUUGUCAGGCGAUUGGGAAUAUGAUGAGUGGCGGGUUGCAGGCUGCUAUUAUGAGGACUUUGGAUGGGAAUUUGGGGUUGGAGGGGUGGAGGUGGUUGUUUGUGAUUAAUGCGGUUGUUACGGUUGUUUGGGGGUUUCUGGGGGUUGUGAUGUUGCCGGAUUAUCCGAAUAGGAGGAAUCCGAGGGCUUUUUGGUUUAGUAGGGAUGAUCAGGAGUUGGCGAUUGGGAGGCUGAUUAGGUAUAAGAGGGCGGAGCCGAGGGGUGUUACGUGGGAGAGUUUCAAGAGGACUUUUUCGUCUUGGGUUGUGUAUUUCGUGGCUGUGCUGUAUGCUGGCACUGUGCUGGCUACUUACGGCUAUGUAUACUUCGGACUGUUUCUGAAGGCGCAGACGAGACCAGAUGGCUCGAAGAGGUGGUCGACUGAGGAAGUCAAUGUGAUUCCUAUUGGAGGUGGCGCGAUCAAUGUUGCGUUUGUCUGGAUCUGGGCGCUACUUUCCGACGCACUUCAGACCCGCUGGACUUUGAUCGUCGCUCAAGGCAUCAUUGGUCUGAUUCCGUGCAUCAUUAUGUCCAUCUGGACCAGUCACCCAACAUCUGUGCCUGUGUCGGCAGCUUAUGCAAGCUAUUUCAUCAACUACGUUGCACUUGGAACAGCGCCAUUGAUCUUUGCGUGGCUUUCUGAUCUCAUCCCACAAGAUCCAGAAGCUCGCAGUCUCAUCGUGGGCGUUGCUGUCGCGGGCUAGUAUGCAAUCUCUACAAAUACGGUUGGCAAUCAUGCAUUGCCAUAUGGGUGCUCUGUAUCGCCAUGACCUGUACAUUGCGAUACAUCGAUGUGCGAUAUCUGCUUCCGAAGCGACGUGCCUUCGCGGAGGCUGUGGAUACCGGGGAAGUCGCGGUCGCGGGUCAUGUUGUUGCCAAAGACACCAUUGACGGACUGAUCAUUUCUACCGAUGCAGAUGGUGUGGACAAGACUGCGAAUGUCACUGUCAAGAGUGACUUUACGAAGGAUGCGCGCUAG